AUGGACAUAGUGGAGAAUCGCAAGACCGAUGGUACAUCCCAAAAAAAGAAGACAGAAGCCUGGGAGGAUAUUGCAUGCCACUACAAUAACUCGCCUAACGUAUCCCAGCGAGCGAAUGCUGCUCAACUUAAAAAAAUGUGGCAAAAUCUAAAAACGAAGGCCAGAGAUGCUAAAACUUUAGAAGCCCAAAAAAAAUGGACUGGUGGUGGACCUGCACCUCCGGCUAUAGGAUCCGAAGAGACCCAGGUCCUUUCUAUAUUACCAACUGUAAUGCCAACAAUUGAAGUUGAGAUAGAUAGUGAUAUAAUCCAAUCAAGCACCUCGCAAUUUAGUGAAACAAAUGAUGAUGACGGUGUUUACUGGCAAAACAAAAAAAAUAGAAUGAUGGACAUGGAAGUUCAUGUCUUCGGAGAAGAGUGUCAAAAAAGUGCUACAGAAGGAGUGUUCAGUGCACGUCAAGACAAGAACGAAUUUUUUAUUCAGGAUACCAACAUGUGA